GCCUAUCUCUUUAAAUGAGCCAGAGCUGCUCCGCUCUGCGUGCGUGCGUGCGUGUGUGUGGAGGAGAAAUUACGGGACAGAAAGAGACACUCUGUUAUGGAGGACUGGGCGAUCGAAAACACAACAGAGCGGCUCUCCUGUCUCACGUUGAACCAGUUUCCAGGAGGGUUCGUGUAUUAAUCGCUCUCCACAUUUUCCCUCAUUCUGAUUUGGAGCCAUUUUUUCUUUUUCCUCCCCUCUCGCGCGUCUAUGGGCUCGGCAGGCGCAUCUCUUGCUUGCAGAUAGGACGCAGGGCUGCUUCCUAAUAAUUAUUUAUUUCGCCUUUUUCUGCGCUGCAGCGUUGGGAAAAAAACGUGAUCGAGAGGCAGAUAACCGCGCGCUGAUCAUGGAUUAAUGUCCGAGUGAAUUUUCAUCUGAAAGGUUCCCGAUGUUGAACAUGUCCACCCCCAGUGAGCUGAAGUCUCCCUGCGUGACUCGCAAUGGUAUGGUGAAGCUGCCCCCCAGCCAGCCCAAUGGCCUGGGCAGUGCGAGUAUCACCAAGGGGACACCUGCUGCUAAGAAUCGCCUCUGCCAGUCCUCCUCAGUACCCUCCAUCUUGCCUCCUCCACCAUCCACCCUCCCCUACCACCACCACCACCACCACCACCAUCUGGAUGGCCCCGGCAUGCCUCACACUGCGGCCCCUCUCUUGGCCUCUGACCUGGAGUCUGGAAAGCCUCUGAUGAGCCUAAAGCCAUCUCUCCGUCAGCUGCCCCCCCUCACCCUCCCCAAACCCGUGCUGCUGGAGCGACAGCUCGUCCUGGAUGAGAAGCUUCUCAACCGACUACUCUGGUACUUCACCACAGCUGAAAAAUGUGUGCUGGCACAGGUAUGCAAGACAUGGCGCAAGGUUCUCUACCAGCCCAAGUUCUGGGAGGGCGUCACCCCCAUCUUGCAUGCCAAAGAGCUGUACACCAUUCUGCCCAACGGGGAGAAGGAGUUUGUCAGCCUGCAGGCCUUCGCUCUGCGUGGUUUCCAGUCUUUCUGCUUAGUAGGGGUGUCAGACCUCGACAUUUGUGAGUUCAUUGACAACUACCCGCUGUCCAAGAAGGGUGUUCGCUCCGUCAGCCUCAAGAGAUCCACCAUCACAGACGCUGGUUUGGAGGUCAUGUUGGAGCAGAUGCAAGGCCUGAUGCACCUUGAACUGUCUGGCUGCAAUGACUUUACAGAGGCUGGCCUGUGGUCCAGUCUCAACGCUCGGCUAACUUCCCUCAGUGUCAGCGACUGCAUCAAUGUGGCAGAUGAUGCCAUUGCUGCUAUCUCACAGCUCCUCCCCAACCUAUCAGAGUUGAGCCUUCAGGCCUACCACGUCACCGACACGGCCAUGGCCUAUUUUACAGCCAAACAGGGCUACACCACCCACACUCUACGGCUUCACUCCUGCUGGGAGAUCACCAACCAUGGCGUGGUAAACAUGGUUCACAGCCUUCCCAACCUGACUGCUCUUAGCCUCUCCGGUUGUUCUAAGAUCACUGAUGAUGGCGUAGAGUUGGUUGCUGAGAACCUGCGUAAGCUCCGCAGCCUGGACUUGUCCUGGUGCCCUCGGAUCACGGACAUGGCUUUGGAGUACAUCGCCUGCGAUCUGCAUAAACUGGAGGAACUGGUGCUGGACAGGUGUGUGCGGAUUACAGACACAGGACUGGGCUACUUGUCUACCAUGUCAUCACUAAGAAGCCUUUAUCUGCGCUGGUGCUGUCAGGUGCAGGAUUUUGGACUACAGCAUUUGUUUGGAAUGAGAAGUCUUCGUCUACUGUCCCUUGCAGGCUGCCCCCUGCUGACCACCACCGGCCUCUCAGGCCUCAUCCAGCUGCAUGAGCUGGAGGAGCUGGAGCUGACCAACUGUCCUGGAGCCACUGCUGAGCUCUUCAAAUACUACUCCCAGCACCUGCCCCAAUGCAUGGUCAUCGAAUAAGACCACCCACCCGCUUACCGACAGACCACCAUAUUUCAACCUUCCUCCUUCUCCUCCUUCCUCGCCCUUUUCUUAAAUGCUACCCAGGAUCCUGAACUGCUCCUCCUCACCUGACCCAUACCCGACCCACCCUACCUGUCUUCCUUCACACACCCCGGUGAAAAGACUAACCCGCAGGUGGACAGAGAGGCAGGAAGGCGGAUGAUGGCUCGUUGCCAGAUCCAGAGGAUGACGAAGGAGGUGGCGUUCGAGCUUCAUUUAAGAAGCUGGUGUGGAGAGCUUGGUGUGACGUCUUGUCUGACAGCAAGUUUCUUUUUCCACAAUCAACAAAAAAGGCUUUUGGCUUACAGGAGAGAGCUUCUCUAGAGACGUGGAUGUAUUUUUUAGCUGAAGGGAGAGACGCAGCACAGAGGAAACCGGAGAAACCAGAACUUUUUGUGUGUUUUAGCUGUUGGGAACAAACACCUGCGCUCAUACACUGUAAACACUCACAAGCAUACUGUAUGUGGUAAGUGAAGAACAUCUGACUGACUUCCAUCACUCUGUGUAUUAUAACUGCUGUUUUUUCUCAGAAGGUAUCAAAGGUUCAGCUUUCUCUUGUUUAGAGGACGAUGCCGCAUGGCAGGAGCGAAACGACACACCUCUCCUGCUAAAGAUGCUGUUUCGGAUGUGAAGGACGGGUGGAAAAUCUCUCUCUCUUUUUCUCCCUUCUUCUGUGUGUGAAGUGUGUGUCAUGGACUCACAGCUUCCCAUCUUUUUUGGGAAUACCGACACCUUUUCCCAUGUCUGUGUCUUAUCAGAAAUAAA